AUGGGUUUUGAGGGGGAAUCUUCCAAGCUCAAGGAAGAUGGAGGACACAGAAGUAUAAGUAGUGCUGCACCAAAUCCGGAGGAAGUUGUUAAGCCAAAAAUAUUCCUGCGAAAGUGGGAUAUCAUAUUUACAGUAUCAUCUGCACUUGCUGUGUUCGUUGACCCUUUGAGCUGCUACAUUCCCAUCAUCGUCGACAAUAGCGCGUGCUACUAUUGGGACCCAAAGUUGGUGUGGACAUUUUUCGCCUUACGAUCAGUCGGCGAUCUAUUUUAUGCAAUGGACAUUUUUGUUUUCCUAAGGCGAAGUCGCAGCAAAGGUAAUCCCAUUUUGGUUUCCAUAAACCGACGUCGCGGCAAUGGUAAUGCCAAGCCAUUUGGGGCCUCCUGGAUGAAGUUUUUUGGCGGUCCUGAUUCCACAAUUUGCAAGGUGUUGAAUGGCCAGAAAUCACUUAGGUUCAAAUCACUUAGGUUCUUAGGCAUUCUAUCUCGCAUUUGUGCUGCUCUUCCCAUUCUACAGGCAAUCAUACUCACCGGAAAAUAUACAUACUUUGGUAGCAUAUACGGUAAUCUUUUUUAUCUAAUUCCGAUCCAAUAUACUCUACGGGCUUAUAAUCUCUACCAAUGGCUCGAUCGGCAUGCUAACAUAGAGACCACAGUAAAAAGAUUGCUUAAAUAUGCUCUGGACUUCCUUCCAUUUAUCCUUGCUGCUCAUGGUUUAUUACAUUUCCAAAGAAUCUUCACCCACCCCCAAACAACCACUUUGAGACUUUGUUCCUCUUCGUUUUCUUCAAAUCCCUCCGCUCAGCUAUCUGCUCCUACCCAGUGCUGCGUUAAUCUAGAUGAGGAGGGGGAAUCUUCCAAGCUCAAGGAAGAUGGAGGACACACAAGUACAAGCAGUGCUGCAGCAAAAGGGUCAAAACAGGAGGAAGUUGUUAAUAACGCAUAUCAGAUUCAUCAGCAGCCAAAAAAAUUGCUUCCAAAGUGGGAGAUCAUAUUUACAGUAGCAUCUGCAUUUGCUGUGUUCGUUGAUCCUUUGAGCUGCUACGUUCCCGUCAUCAUCGACGAUAGCACGUGCUACUAUUGGGACCAAACCUUGAUGUGGACAUUUUUGGCCUUACGAUCAGCCGGCGAUCUAUUUUAUGGAAUGGACGUUUUGGUUUUCAUAAAGCGUCGCAGCAAUGUUAAUGCCAAGCCAUUUGGGGCCUCCUGGACAAAGCAUUUUGGCGGUCAUGAUUCCAGAAUUUGGAAGGUGUUGAAUGGCCAAAAAUCACUUAGGUUCUUAGGCAUUCUACCUCGCAUUUGUGCUGCUCUUCCCAUUCUACAGGCAAUCAUAUUCAUUGGAAAAUACACAUACCUUGAUAACAGUAAUCUUUUUUAUCUAAUUCCAAUCCAAUAUACUCUACGGGCUCAUAACCUCUACCGAUGGCUCGAUCAGCAUGCUAACUUAGAGACCGCAGCAGUAAAAAGAUUGCUUAAAGCUGCUCUGGACUUCCUUCCAUUCAUCCUUACUGCUCAUCUAUUCGGAGCCUUGUGGUACUUUUUUGCUGUGGACCGAAAGAUGGUUUGCUGGCAGGAGCAUAUCUGUAAAAUUUAUGAUGUAUGUGCUCGUGAAACGCGAGUUUAUUUCUUCUAUUGCAGUAGCUUCACUCCAGAAAACAAUAUGAUGUUCAAUGUCUCGCGUUUACACGAAGCAUGCGCUGUACAACUUUCAGCAAAUGUAACAAGUUUACCUUUCGAUUAUGGUAUAUAUCUAUACGCUCUCCAAUCUAAUAUGACAAGCUCAAGAGAUCUUCCAGUGAAGAUGUUGCAAUGUAUUUGGUGGGGCUUGCGAAAUCUGAGUUCUUUUGGUUCAAACCUCCAGACCAGUUUCUUUAAGGACGAAAUCAUCUUUUCGAUUGUGAUCUCUAUAAGUGGCUUGGCACUAUUUUUAGUAUAUCUCAAUUCAAGGGUGCAGGGGUCAAAAAAAGUGUCAAAUCAGCUUAAAUUGCAGCAGAAGAUUGAAACGAUAUAUCCAGACAUAAUAGAGCAAAUGCGUAAUAAUUGCAGUCUCGGCUUGGCUUCACUAAAGAAAAUGCCGUUGCUUGAAAGUACAGAUGAGAAAGUGUUAAAAGCAAUUUGCGAGUAUCUUAAGCCGGUGACUUAUGGCGAGGAUGUUUAUAUCAUUCGAGAGGGAGAACCACUUCGAAAGAUGUUUUUCAUCACACGGGGCACUGCAUUGACCUACACAACUAUUAAGGGUGGAACAAAUGUGUGCAAGUGCCUUGAGAAAAGUGAUUUUUACGGAGAAGAACUUCUAAAUUGGGCAUUCAAAUUUUGCUCAUUUUCAGAGUUACCUAUCUCCACUACAAAUCUUAUAUCCCAAACAAAAGUUGAAGCAUUUUCAAUUAGGGCCAACCACUUGAAGUCAAUUGUCGCUCAAUUUUGGUGGCAUUUUCAGAGGAAGCUUCCUCGUUCUCAAUUGGAGCAUUUUGCAGCUUCUUCCAUACAGGCAUUCUGGCGCCGCCGUCGUGCAAAGGCUAAGGGCCCAACUAGAUGGGACAAACUUACAUUAAAUUAG